AUGGACCAAAUUAUUGCCAAAGCUAGUAACCAGGCUGUGUCGUUUGCUAUACGUUCAGGAAUCCUGAUAGCCUCGGGAUACGCUAUACGAACUGUGACGAAGUUUCUCGAGCAAUUGCCAGAGUCUGAAAAAAAACGAAUCGAAGUUACCAGAAACAAGAUCCAAACUAAAAUCAACAUAGUUUCGAUUUCAAUCGAUCUCAUUAAGUUGGCUGCUGCUCGAGGAAAUUCUAUACUAGAAGCUACUGUGGAAUUUAUCGACGAGUUGCAGCAGGAGUUCGAUGCCUUUGACGAAACUGUAGACAAAAUUUCAAAGCAACUUACAAACGGUAACGAAAAGGAACUGGUGAAAAAAGUAGAAGAAUAUAUGAAGGGGUUGUUGUCUCAUUUGAACGAGGCCAUACCGAUCUUGAACUUGUCGUUGAUUUCUUCUGGCGUGAAUAUGAAAGGUUCUAUCACCACGAAUUCGAUUUCGCCAGGAAGAUUGCUACAGGCAGCCAAUUACAUCAACAUAGCUACGACUGAUAACCAAUUAGAACAAGUGGGCCCUACUUUUGAUAUGGUUAUGUACUCUAUAUUCUAUAAUCCCAGCAGAAUGAAGUACAUUGAGAAAGAAUCGCUUGACGAGCUUUCGCUCAUCUCCUGGAAGGAGACAUUUGCUAGGUGUCUGGUCAAAAUCACGAAGGGCAAAGACAAUUAUGCUUAUAAUCUUGAUAUUCUUGAAGAUUUCAACGAUACGAGAUACCACGACGAAGAUGAGUCCAAGCCUCAGCUAAAGUCGUAUGAUCUGUUGACAAUUUCCCGAAUGUUCUUCAGUGCUUCAGGUAAACUUUUGAGAUUAGAAAGUCGAAAUUCACCGGUUCUCAUAAUCAAAUUGGUGGAUGAUAAAACUGGAGCAGAAGAGUGGAUAGCCUUAGGUGAACUUCAUAAAGGUGAAUUUGACGAUGACGACGACGACGAAGAUGAUGAAGAAGCAGUAGGAAAUGAGACGCUCACCAAGGAGAUAAGAAAUAGUUCCUUGUCUAUCUUGGAGUACCUUAUUCGUUUAUGUAAAAUUCAGCAGAUAGAACAGAAGUCUAUCUUGGAAGUUCCCGAUGAGCUUCUUGCCUUGUAUCUCAAAGAUGCGGUUAAUGCACCCACUAACACUAUCAUAGAGCCAAAGAGCCAUGCCUCAGAAUUACGUCAUGAUAUAAAUUCCUCCAAAACAAAUAACGUCAUCACCAUGGAUUCCAAUAUCAAUAGACUCCAAAAUUUGGACCUAGAUAAAUAG